AUGGCCCAAGAAUUAUGUUCCUCUCUACACUGUAAUGUCUGCCUGAUGUUACAAGCCCACGAAGAAGUCGAGACACACAAUGACGCGAAUCCUCAAAAAUACACACAACUUUUAAACUGUUCCGGUUGUCAAAUGGUUCGCUAUUGUAAUCGAAAACAUCAAACCUUAGAUUGGGCCAUACAUCGAGAAUUUUGUCAAGCCAUACAGGCGAUAAAGAAAACUCUGAAUAUUUCACACCCCUUAAGGGUGUCAGGAACGAAUCCCAAAUCCAAAGAUGAUAUGGAAAAAACCAUCAUACAAUUAAAAUAUUUGCUAAGAAAUGCUUUGGAGAGACCUCUACAAUAUCAUGAGGAGGAAUUAACCUCAUUUCCCAUAUAUUGUCCAAUAUGUUUCAGUUUCAAAAAUCUGAAAAUUUUAUGUCCAUCUUGUCAAAAUCAAGUCUAUUGUUCGGAGGGACAUUUGCACCAGCAUAAAGAGGAACAUUCCAAGGUGUGUGGUUCACUAAAACUAUACUAUACACCCUAUAAAACAAUUAUCGGAAAGGAGUUACAAUUGGAGAUAAAACAGAAAGUGGAGAAUUUUCAAAAAUCAGAUCUUUUUGCUGUGUUUGAAAAAUCAUUUCAAUGUAAAUUGCCUCGGGAUCCCACAAAAUCUCUACAAGACUAUCAGUUAUUUUCCUAUGCUGCAGAUUUUAGUUGCAUAGCCUCACUGUGUUAUACCUUGUCUCACUUGGAUAUGUCCUCAUAUGCUGAUACGAGCCUACAUAUAUUUAUUAUUGGAUCGUCGUUUGAGCCGGUGCUAUGGUUUCGCGAAAUCCAUUUGAAAUUCUUUUUCCGGCAAUUUGAGGAAAUUACAAAUUUGGAGUUACAUUUCAUAGGACCGGAAACGAUGCAGGUGCAGGAUAAUAUUCUACAAUUUGAAUAUUUGGGCAAACAAAGAAAUGCCAAAUAUCAUUGCUUUAAGGGUCUGUUCCAGGAUUACUGUCGUCUGUGCAAAGUUCAACCCAUCAUAUUGGCUGUCUUCAAUUGUGGUUUCUCGGAAUUCUCAAGACGUUAUAAUAAUCUACCACAAUUUGAAACCCCCAUGGCAGAAUCUGUCAAAUAUAAAAAGGAUACCUGGUCAGAUGCAAUUGCAGAAAUGUUACACUAUGAUUGCCCUAUAAUGUUUACCUCAUUCACCCGACAGGAAUCACAAUUUGAUUAUGCCAUCUUAGAUUCCAUUGUGAAAAUUCAACAAAUGAAAAUUGAUUUGGAACGGGUAUUUAAGGUGGCGAAAAAUCCCUAUCGUGAUUUACGUCCCCUGAGACAAUGGUAUACUGGCGAUGAGGAAUCAAUAUAUUAUCGUAAUGGUUAUAUACAAGUUGUUAAGAUGAAUAAGGGUUCAUAA